AUGGUUUCAUCACCGUUCUCAGGUCGGCGUGGUCUUGUGAACCUAUUUAAAGACGCGAGCCGUAGUCGAAACAACUCUCAGUCUUCUCUGCAACUCGACAACACCUCAUCGCAACCCACAUCCUCGUCUCCACCACAACCUCAAAUGUCUCGUAGUCAAUCAUUGUACCACCAUUCACGAGCACCCGUCGCGCCGCCUCAUUCCACCGAAUCGCUCUCUGAUCGCCCUUUACCGAGUAUACCAACUUCGCCAUCAGGUCUCAAUAGUCGUUCCUCCUCACGAGGAGUAGCUCCCGACUCCAAAUAUGCUACACCACCACAACCGCAACGACGUACCAAAGAUCCAGCAGCAGCUCUCCCUCCUACUCCUCGUCAGGCAAAAUCAGGUCAUGGUGUCCCUUUAACCACCAAAUCAAAGGAUACAUUUUAUAAGCGAUUAUCACGUGCUGCUGUUGCUGCUUUCAAUGCUCCAGAAGUUGGUAAUCAUCAUCAUCACCACAACAACAAAAAGGCAGUAGAAACGGAUCAGGAUUUGGCAGAGACGUAUACAGCUUACUUGUCAUUGGAGAGCAGUGAUAUCUCUUCUUCAGAAACAAGCAACAUCCAUGGUGGUGGUCCAUCUCCUUCAAUGCAUGACAACAACCAUUCUACAGAAUCCAGGAAAUCCGACAACAACAACAACAACAACCCUACUCCUUCUACGACCACCACCACAACGAAUGACAGCAACAAAAAGAAGAAAAAGGGAGAAAAGGAAGAUGAACAGCAGCAGCAGCAGGAUGGAGGAGGAGGAGGAGGACUUGAGGAACGAUGUCAAAAGUUACAAUACAUGUUGGAUGCCAAGGAGAGCGAGUAUCAAAAGAUCUCUACGAAUUUCCAUAAACAUAUGAUGUCUAUUCGUGCCACCGACGACGAUUAUAGUACCAUUCGCAGUAAAUUGACCAUGCUCCAAUCCAAGAUUGCUGCGCUUCCACUUGCUUUGAAAAAGAACGCCGUCGACCCAAUGACGAUCACCCAUUUCUUUUCGCAAACAUGGCCUGAUUUAUCCCCUGCGAUGGAUGCAUUGACCGACAAAAAGACCAAAGCGCUUGGAUACAAUAUGAUUUGCAUGUUUGUGGAAAAGUUGAUUAUGCAAGAAUUGGUCCAUUCCAUUUACAAUGUGCCGGUUUACAUUGGAUUACCUGCCAACGAUGCUUUUGUCGAGAUCACGAGAUACAUGGAUUCAUACGAUCAUGACUGGUCUGUGCGUUUACGGCAACAAUUAUGCAAGUUGGCUCAUCGAUCUUCCACCUCAACCCAACAACAAGAGGGUGAUUCUUCUUCUUCUUCUACGGCAGAGGCAAAAUCCAUCGCCGACGCCAAACAGGACCUUGUCAAUCGGCUGGUAAAGCUGUUGCUACACGUUUACAAUGAUUCAAACGCUUUGGAAAAUCGCGUAUCCAAGUUGGUGGAAACAGCAGCCGAGUUAAGUCUUGCCAUGCAUAGUCAAGAAUCAGCCGUGGAUCCUCUUGUCAUUGCUGAAGGAACCGAUUCACUGGAUGAGGAUCUUAUGGUCACACAAAAUGGCUCCGUCGACAACAGCAAAACCGUUCGCAUCGUCAUUUCACCACCCUUCGUAUACAAUGAAACGAAUCGUCAAUGUGUCCUCAUGAAAGCCAAGGUGAUUUGCUUUUAA